AUGGAGGACACAGCGCCGAAGCUACGGCCACCCAUCACGCAACUCCGCCCGCUGCAUUCCCUUCAACAGCCUUUGAAUCAGGAGCUGGCAGUACCACGGCUGGGAGUACAAGGCUAUCUUCAAGACGGCGUUCAAUUGCUACACUGGUCGAGCCCCCUUGAACUCAAACCUGAUAGGGAUACAGUCAUCAAAGCAUUUGUCAAGCUUGUCGCCCGGCUGGUGAUCCUGGAACCUGGCGAGGCGUACUGUAUCCAAGACGCCGAACGCGGUGGUUUUAUAUUGGCUCGUUCCGCCGGUCCAGUCCCCGAAGACGGGGACAAGGACGAGGAGGGAGUCGUUGGCUUCAUUGAACAUCUGGAUCGUCAUGACAUCCCAACGGACUUUUCGAUUGGCGAGGGAAAGGCAUUGCAACUUCAUGUGGAUGCGGCAACGAGACAGGUACGGCUGACCGCGCAGGCCAAUGCCGUGCCUACCGCUGCUCUCGAGGCUCUGGGUCAGAUGCUAGACGACCUUAUUCUCGGUCUACAGCAAGGCCGAAGUGAAGCCACUCGAUGGACGCAGCCUUCUGUGCUCAACUUUCCACCUAAGCAAAGGCCCCUCGCUUUGUUUCCCAGGGAGCCAAUCUGCUCAGACAGCCAGCGCGAUGAGGAGUCUGGGAGUGAUGGAGAUGGGCCGGCGCUGCUUCACCGGUGGUUCGAGCAACGUGUGGCGGAAACCCCCGACAGAACAGCCGUGGACUUCCUUUCCGACCUCGAAAGCGGCAAGCGGAUCCAGUAUACAUACCAGAACGUCGAAAAUGCCGCCAACGCGCUGGCGGCUGAACUAGUUCGCACCUGCGCGCAACCACAAUCACGGUCACAGCAGUCUGUCAAGGCUGUCGGUGUGCUGAUGGGGCCUUGCCCCGAGCUCUAUACCAGCUACCUAGCUGUUCUGAAGGCCGGCAUGGCCUUUUGUCCCAUUCCGGUGGACGCCCCCAGGGAGAGACAGGAGGCGCUGAUAGCAGAUCUGAGGCCAGCUGCUCUCCUCGUGGCCACAUCAUCGCAGCGGGACUCCCAGUUGUCGUCGCCACAGUCUACCCUUACUGCCACGAUCAACGUGGCUCCGUAUCUGGCAGCAUGCGACACAAGAGCGGAGAGGCAGCCAGUGCGAUCAUCAUUAACCAUCGCCGAGACUGAUACGGCCUACAUUCUAUACACGUCAGGAACCACUGGCAUGCCGAAAGGCGUAGCUAUCAGUCACAUUUCCGCGGCAUGUACCAUCUCCGCCUUGAGCGCCCACUACCGACUUGUCCCGCCAACAUCAUCAUCCAGCAAGCCCAUCAGAUGGUAUCAAGGCGCGGCGCCGACCUUCGACAUUUCCCUCUUUGAAAUCUUCUGGACGCUCAGCACCGGUUCAACGCUGUGCUGUGCUCCGCGCGAGUGCACCUUACAAGACAUUGACAAGGUCGUCAGGGUCAUGGAGGCCGACAUGACCAAUAUUACCCCGAGCUUUGCCAGCCUGCUGGACCCGUCAUCGAUACGCGCUCUGAUGGUCGGUGGCGAGACGCUGAAUACGCGCCUGCUGCAGGACUUCGCUCGUUACAACCCCACCGCAAAUCACGGCGAUCUUGGGCAUAAACCCAGCGGUAUCUACAAUGGAUACGGCCCGACAGAAACGGCCAUUUAUUGCAUCGCCCAGGCCCAUGUCCCGGCAGCGCAGCGAGGUUCCGUUUUAGGAACGCCUCUUGCAACAUGCGGCUGCCUCAUCGUCGACGAGAGGGUUCAGAGUCAAGCCCAGACGGCAAACUUGGAGCCCGUUCCAAUGGGGGCCGUAGGAGAGCUCGUCAUUAUCGGCCCGCAGGUGAGCAGAGCGGGCUAUCUGAAUCGUUCCGAUGAGACAGCGGCCGCCUUUCUCGACGAUGCGGAAUGGGGCAGAGCGUACAAGACCGGCGACCGAGCCAGGGUUGUAUGGGGCCCCCGCGGCGAACCUAUGGUCGAGUUCCUGGGCAGAAUGUCCGACGAUCAGGUCAAGCUGAGCGGGAGACGCGUGGAGCUGGGCGAGAUCGAGAGUGUGCUGGCGAGCCGAGUGGACGGCGUACGAGAGACAAUGUCUUGUGUUUGGAAAAGCCAGACGUCUGAGACCGGCUCGGAGAGGGUUGUGAGUCUUGUUGUACCUGAGACACAUGCCGGCUUGGAGUUUGAGCUUGCCCACAAAAGGUGUCUGGAAAUUGCGCAACGGUACCUGCCAGACUACAUGAGGCCCUUUAAGAUUCUUCAGGUCGACGCUCUCCCGAGGACUGUCUCUGGGAAGCUCGAUCGCAAAGCAGCUUCGGCGUAUGUGCAGGAGGCUCUGAAAGACAACAGUCUGGGGGGGAGACUAGAAGCUGUGCCACACAAAACCUUUGAGCAUGUCGAACGCCUAUUUGACCCCGAAGAUGCUAAGCUGGAAGAAGAGCUCACCGACAUCGUGUCCGGAAUCCUAAGUGAUGGUAACUCCUCCAUUACCACGGCCACGGUCACGGCCACCACGCCACUCGCCCAGGCUGGUAUGGACAGUCUCCGCGCAAUGAGACUUUUGCGGGACAUACGGAAGCGAUGGCCCAAUUCCGGAUCAACAGACUAUCAACCUCGCCAUGCGCGUCUGCAGCCGUCGCUGGCUCUUCUGCUUGACUCAGAAGCCACCAUCCGCUCUGUCUUCUUCCCUUCAGCUCGAUACGUUGAUGUCUCGGCCAAAUUAGGAGCCAAAAAAGCCGACACCCAACGCCAACUCGCCAACUUUUCCUCCAGAUACGUGCCAGAGGUACUCGACAAACUCAAUCUCGUCGACGCGGCGGACAUCGAGAUGGUUCUGCCUACAACAUGCACGCAAAGCCAAUUGGCCGUGAGUUUCGCUAUUGAUAGACGCAACUACAUCAGCCAUUCUGUCUUGAAACUGCGGCCGGACGUCUCUGCUGAGAGGCUAAAAGAAGCCGUCGAGAGGGUCGUCUCCGAACAGGCCAUCUAUCGCUGCGCCAUCCUUCCAUGUGACGAUUCUCUGUCACCUUUUGCCCAGGUCAUCCUGGCGCCCGAGGCAUGGCGUCGAUUCACCAACAACUCGAGCCGGGUGGUGCAUAGGAGAUCAAAUGCAAGUCAACUCGCUGGUGAUGUGAAGCCAUGGCUCGAAUUGGCCGAGAAGAGCAUAUCUCUUGAUCUACAGACGCUGUACCAUAUACAGAUUAUUGAGCCGGACUCGGAUUCUGGGCCAGCCUCUGUUAAAACUGGGCUUUUGGCCAUCAGCAUGGCUCACUGCAUUUGCGAUGGUGCGUCACUCGAGGUGCUCAUGAGCGACGUGGCUAGGCAGUAUGCUGGCCUGGAGCCCGUCCAGCGGCAGGGCAUUUACGACGUUGUGUUCGAAUGGGCAUCGAAUGUGGAACCCGAAACGGACCAGCUCUGGCGAGAGUCGCUAAAAGCCUGGGAGACUGAGAGUUUUGGUUCAUUAAGCGGUGAUAAUACCAACCCCUCUGCCGCCGACACAAACCUCCGCCAUGGGAUGGUCGAAUACGCGAGUGACUUGCCGUGGCAAGUCCUAGAAGGCAAGAGUAGGGUUCUGGGCGCGUCCCCGUUGUCAAUCUUGCAAGCGUCUUGGUCCCUUCUCCUGAGUUUGUUCUCCGAGUCAGACACGGGAGACAUUGUGUUUGGCAGCAUUAUCUCAGGCUAUCAUCUCCCCGCCCACGCGCCCACUUUCUCCGUGGUGCCCUGCCGGGUAGUCCUACCCGAGGCCCAAACGAUCAGUGAGCUUGUCGGCAGUCUCGCAACUCAGUCAAGAUUUGCGCAGAGCCACCAGCACACAUCCUUUGGCAUCUUCAAGACACGACCAUACAACACUGCGUUGGCCCUGCAAGCUUACCCUCCGGUGGAUUCCACGCCCGAAGAGACUGUUCCUAUGCUGUGGACUGAAAUCCAGAAUCCGGCCAUAUGUUACGACUUCUCGGUGUUUGUCGAGGCUUUCCCGACAAAUCCUCAUUCCCCCAACCGCAACGGGCAGGUCGAGAAUAUGGCCUUCAAGCUCACGUACAGAGAAGAUGCCCUCUCAGAGCUUUCAGCAACCUUCAUCGUCAAGCAACUUGCAGCACUGAUAGAAAUCAUGUGGCUGCCAGCACGGACGAUUCCCGCUCCAGCUGAAAUCACACAACAAAACGAUCGGCAGAGCCAGGGCCGGUUUGAGCUCCUCCAUUCCCAGUUUGAGGACCAAGCCGCCUUAACCCCUGAGCUUCUCGCCUUGAGCUUUUACUCUUCGCUAGACUCACCUCCCAUUGAGUUGAGCUAUGCAGAACUUGAUGCUAGGGCCAACGGUCUGGCAAACACCCUGCGCAAAGAGGACGUUGAGGUCAUCCCCAUUUGUCUCCAGCGGAGCGUCGAGCUUUACGUUGCUAUCCUGGCCAUCUUGAAAGCGGGUUCUGCCUGGUGUCCUAUCGACGAGACAUCACCCAGCAAGGUAUUGCUGACAACCACGGACCUGGAAGGCGUACGCAAGUCAUCCGUAAGAGCUUCUCCCCGCGAUGGCGUCUUAUCCUCCCACCAUCUCAGUGGGCAGGAUUUGGCCUACCUGCUGUGGACCUCGGGCACCACAGGUGAGCCAAAAGGCGCCAUGCGAGACCUGCAGAUCCAAGUUGAACACGACGAAAAGGCCGGACAGGUGCGAACACUGCAGCUGUCAGCCUACAGCUUUGACGUCUUUGUCCAGGACCUCUUUUACACCUGGGGCAUUGCAGGGAGCGUCGUCAGCGGCACAAGAGAACUGGUGUUGGGCACGUUUGUCGAGUUCAUCUGGAAGUCCAGCCCCACACAUGCCCACCUCACGCCGUCGUUUGGCGCGAGCAUCCAUUAUGUGACCUUCAUAGGGGAGAAGCUUACAGAAAACGUCGCUGAAGCCUGGGCGGCGCCUGAAAUCACCACCCGCGCGUACAACACAUACGGGCCGGCCGAGAAUGCGGUCGUAGAUCGGGCCAAGGCUGCCAACGUGGGCUUCCCCCUGGCCCACUGCACAGCUUACGUUGUCCGCGAAGUUGAGCUCGUCCCGCGGUACGGUAUCGGCGAGCUGGCCCUGGGUGGCGCGCAGGCUUUCAUCCAGGGAGUCGCCGGCAUCGAUGAGCGCAUCUACCUAACGGGAGAUUUUCUCGGCCGCAACGACGACUUGGUCAAAAUCACCGGCAUUCGCAUCGAGCUGAGUGAAAUUAGCGCCGCGUGUGCGAGUGUCAAGGACGAUCAUGCGGCCGUCGAGCAUGUUGAGACACUACAUCUCCCCCGCCCAGGGGCAGUCACGGACAGCAGCAACAAAGUUGUCGUCACGUUUGUCUCUGUCAAAAAAGCCGGUGUUGACGCCGGGAUGAUAAGGGGACAGGUAUUCCAGAAGGCCAGGGACCUGCUACCUAUGUAUAUGGUCCCCGGACACGUGGUUGUGCUGGACACGACGAUGCCGAGGACCGCGUCCAACAAGAGCUCGGAUCUGAACCAAUCCGCAGGCGAUGGUCAUCAAACGAAACUACAAUGGACCGAGGACCAGUUUUCUAUGGCAACCGAGCCCUUAUCCCCGGGGGAUAGCCUGGCCGGCCUUGGCUUCAGCUCUCUACAGGUCACCAAGCUGGCGUGGUCGCUGAAGCGGCGACUGCGGUGCGCGGUCGGGCUGGUCGAGGUCGUUCUCCGUAAGCUGCCGCGUCAAAAGACUGAACUCUCACUACUUAACGGCACGGCAUCGUCGGAACCGGCUGCAGGGACAACAUGGCUGGUUUCCAUCAAAAACGCUCUGACGAAGACAGUCCGCGGCGACAUGAGGCCACAUGAUACAUUGUACGUGGUGCCGGCGACUCCAAUUCAAGAAUCACUCGUUGCAGAGACGAUGCUCGAGCCCCGGGCCCACCUGGGCACGAUUGAUGGUCACCGUUUAAAGUACGUUUGGACAGAGGCUGCUAGGAAGUUCGAUAUACUUCGGACCAUCUUCGUUCCCCUGACACAGCUCGACGUGGAACACACAGAGGAGCAUGGCGGCAGUGUCGCAUGGGCCCGACAGCAAGGAAUCCGGUCCACCAUUCUUCAGCUGGUUCGCGGCGAGCCAACGGUUCGUUGGGCUUGGCUAUCUGGUGACGAAGACCAAGAUCUGGCCAGGUGGGCUGAGAAGCUGCAAAUGGAACUGGCACCAACGACAACAAUUCAGCCCCCUUGGUCCGUGACGUUCAACGAGAGAAAUAGCAAGGUGAUGCUGAGCAUGCAUCACGCGCUAUAUGACAGUGUGUCGUCGGAAAUGCUCCUCAACACCGUUGCAAAGCUCUACCAGAGGCAAGGCUGGGAUGACGAUGACGAUGAUGGGGCGGUACCACUCGCCAGGGGCAUGGAGUUGGGUCUGCUGCCCACCACUCUGGAGAGGGACGAGGCCGCCUCCUUGUGGGAUAGCCGUCUAUCUGGCGCUAGGGAAACAGUGGGCGCCUUGAACGCCCCAUUCCCCGACCUGACACAAUCCCGGCAGAAGCAACCGCAGAGGAUUCUCCUAGCGAGGAAGCCGAUCCCUCCUAUCUUCUUCCCCUCUGCAUCUGCGCACAAAUCACCCGACUUCCCGACCUUGUUCCAGUCCGCGUUCGGGUGCGUUCUCGCGUCAUACCUGGAGCUCAAGGCCGUCGUACUGGGUCAGACCGUCUCGCAGAGGAUUCUACACCCGGACCUCGCUCGGGUCAUGGGUCCUGCAAUGGCCACUCUUCCCGUAAUUCUCUGGAGUAACAUGACUCGUGACUCCUCAAGCCUCUCCCGGACCAUGCAUAACCUGCACCCCGUGGAUAUCAAAAAAAUCCUCAACCACGGCAGCGAAAGCAGCAACGCUCCUUUUCCAGGUUUCUUCGUUUACCAUCCAGCUCCAGAGAGUGUCAACGAUGCCGAAAGCAAUACCGCCCAACAAAUGUUCCGGGGGACAGAGCAGGCACUGUCGCUUAAUGUGGAACAUCCACUCGCCUUGAAUGUCUUUGAGCUCGAGGGUGCCAUGGAGCUUACCGGCGAUGGGAGCCGCAUCUCUCAGGCGCAGCUCGAAUUAAUGCUGGACCAAAUUAUCGACCAGGCCAGGGCCAUGCUGGAAAUGGACCGGAAUUUGAUAUCUAUCAGCGGGGCGGCUAGUACCGAAAUGGUCUCCCUGCAUGCGUCAGAGCACCCAGACUGGAUCGCCGUCGAAGAACUCGCUCUCGAACAGUCUGAUGAAGACGACUGCGACGAAAUAACCACCAAGACAAUCACGUACGCCCAGCUGAACAAGCUCGCCAAUGCCAUCGCCUCGAGCCUAGCAUCACACCAGGUCCAUCUACAGCCGGAUGAUGUUUCCUUCGCAGCGACCUUGGCCAUCUUCCGCGCUGGCUACGUGUACCUUCCCGUGGACGAGGACCUGCCCCCAGCUCGGAAACAGCUCCUGAUCCGGGACGCCAAGGCAAAGCUCAUCAUCACCACGGAGGAGCUGGCUAGAGACCUGGACAUGAACCUCGACAGCGAUCCGCCGGCUUUGCUGAUCCCGAAUGGGGACGAUGAUAUCGAUGUGAUGUUGUCUUGGCCCGUGUGCCUCCAGAGGCGGCCCGAAAGUGGCGACGGUGGCUAUCUUCUCUAUACAUCGGGUUCAACGGGUCGUCCCAAGGGCGUCCGCGUCACCCGCAUCAUCGAGUCCUCGCCCGGCACAGCUGUAUUAGGGGGUACCGGAAAGUAUCUCAACCUCACAUCCCGGGCCUUCGAUCCUCACCUCACGCAGCUCUUUGUACCCUGGCAUUUAGGCUACCGCGUCGUCAUCGGUAGGGAUCGUACAGCCAUGCUCGGCAGCCUGCAGCGGGUCAUCAAUCAGCUGGGCAUCACACAUUUCGGCUCCGUCCCCUCCGUGCUCACGCAACUGGGACUGCGGCCCGAAGAGAUGCCCUCGGUCAGGGUGGUGACGACCGGUGGAGAAAAGGCGUCGAGCGAGCUUCUGAAUACAUGGACGAAGACACGCGACCCCGUUGGCCAAGAGAAUCAACAACAAGGACGGCACGAUGCAGGAGCUGUUCUUUUUAACUUCUACGGGCCGACAGAAGUGACCAUUGGUUGCCUAGGGCAUGCCGUGAACGCCCACUCCAACGCUCGCAAUCUUGGUUUGCCAUUCCGGGGUCUCGAGGCUCUACUACUGUGCCCUGGCACUGGAGAUGAACAAGUCGUUGCCAGAAGAGGACAGCCCGGCGAGCUCUGCAUCGCCGGCCCGCAAGUUUCCAUGGGCUAUCUAGACAGACCUAUCGAGAACGCCAAGAGCUUCCAGACGACCUUACUGCUGGGAGGCGGCCACAUGAGAAUGUACAGAACGGGCGACAUGAUGAGAAUGAUGCACGAUGGAACAUUGGAGUUCUUGGGAAGAGCGGACCAGCAGACCAAAAUUCGGGGUCAGAGGCUCGAGCUCGAUGAGGUUGUGCAUUUCCUGAAAGAAGCUGCGGCCGGCGAGGGCGACCUGGACUUUGCCGCCGUCGUCGUCUCCAAUGACGAUGGCAAGUCGAAUCAGCAGCAGCAGCUCUUCGGCUUUGUGGCCCCUAGAGCAGGGAAUUCCCCCAAGGCGGCAAUCAACGACGAGGUUGAGCUGCUCCAGGAUCAAGACGAGGCUUGGGUGACGUUGCUGGAGAGGAUCGAUCAGAAAUGCGAGACUGGGCUCCCAGCAUUCAUGGUGCCCACAAUGCUGUCGGUCUCAAACAUCCCCUACCUGGCCGCGUCGGGAAAAGUCGAUACUAAGCUCCUGGCCAAGAUCGCAAAUGACUUCUUCGCCGCCCAAAAAGGUCAAGAAGUUGGAGUCGAUCCUGCGUCUACUACUGGUCAAGGACAUGUUUUGGAUGCCGAAGAGUCGGCCGUCGUCAUGGCUGUACAGGAGGCCAUGGGCAGCCAAAUACACCUCGCUGCAGCGACAAGUAGUAUUCACCGCUUGGGUAUCGACAGUCUCUCGGCUGUUCCUCUGGUGUCGCUCUUGAGAAGACGAGGGUUUUCCAGGGUCAGCAUGGCCGACAUACUAUCCUCAUCGUGCACAGUACGGUCCAUAGCUCGAUUGGCCGACCGUUACAUGGACAACAGUGCCUCGACGAACAGCGCGUCCGCAUCCACAUGGCCCCAUCAACAGAUGACAGACAUGGCACGAGAGGUCGAGGCGUUCAGUGCGUCAGAUCUCGGCUCACUUCCCGUCCAUCUCAGCGAGUCGGAGAUCGAAGCCGUCCUACCAUGCCUUCCGCUACAGUCCGCCCUUGUGGCUCGGUCCCUAUCGUGGUGGCUGAGGACCAAGAGCGCUGGUGAUGGUAACGAAGCACUAGUCGACGUUCCAUAUGUGGCGCAAUUCCACUACCAUCUUGCUCGCGGUACGGAUGUCGGCAGAUGGAAGAUGGCGGCCGAGGCAGUUAUCGCAUCCGAGGCCACACUGAGAACAUGUUUCGUUCAACGAGAGCACGAUGGCCAAAUCUUCCAAGUCGUCCUCCGGUCGCCUCCCUCGCCAUUCAACAGCGAAGAAAACACGGCAGGCAUAGUGGCUCAGAUGAGCAUACGAUCGCCGAUCCGACUGCAGAUUCAAGAGACGGACGAAUCUGGCAGGACUCUCAUCUCAUUGAAGAUACAUCAUGCCUUGUUCGAUGGUGCGGCUAUCGAUAUGCUCAGAAAAAGGUUCGAGCAGGCCUACGACGGACAAGACCCACUCGAUGCUUCUUACAACAAGAGUCUCGGUGUGUUGACAAACAUUUCCGGUCACUGUUACCUCUCGGGUGCACCAUUGGAAUCUACGAGACGCCUGUGGCAAGCGAGGUUAAAUGGUGUGCGGCGGUGCCGUGUUGGGGCGGAGAACGACAACAGCAACAACGAUGGCACCAUGGUUCGCUCGACUCGCCGUCUUGCCUACACGGCCACCCAGCUCAAGGACAGGCUGCGGGCACCGUUGCAGCAAUCUGAUGUGCCGAUUUCAGUCUCUACUGCUUUCCAACUAGCGACCGCACUCUGUCUGGCUCAACUUACUCGACAAAGAUCAGUCGUCUACGGCUUCGUCAUGUCACUCCGGCCUCUACUAGCCCAUGUCGUCGACGGCACAGAAGGUUUUAUUGGGCCAUGCCUCAACACCCUCGUCCAGACGCUCAGCUUCCGAGGAGUGGACGAGGGAUUACCCGAGCUUGCCCAGCGAGUUCAUGGAGACCACGCCGAUACCUGUCGGGGAACAUCGCCGUUCGCCACUGUGGAGCAGGUACAACGCUGGGCUGGAUCCGAAGAGAGGCUAUUUGACAGUCUGCUCAGCAUCAACAUUAUCCCUGCUGAUGAGAUGAAGAAUGGCGGCGAGCCAGAACCUGGGCGCAUGACUGCUCUACGUACCCAGAGCAAGAGCGACAUGGCGUUGGCUAUCGACGUCGACUUGCACGCAGAUGGCAGGAUCGACCUGGCACUUUCGUCAGCUGGGUCCCUGACCGAGUCUCAGCUAGAUGAUGUUGGCCGCUUGUUUGAGGAGGUCGUGUAUAAUUCUGCGGACAAGAACGCACGAGUUGCGCGUUUCUUGCCAGUCCAGCACUGGGAUGCCUCAAAAGAUUCCGUCGUUCUCAAUGGCCAUCAAGCCACAGUCGACCCCGAGCCAGAACUAGGAUUGAAAGAUGAGGGAUUUCAAGAGGCUCUGGCAUGCGUGCAGACAGCCGCUUCCCGCCUACUCCGUCUGAAACCCUCUGACAUACCGGACAAUGGGAAGACGACUUCACUGUACCAGCUGGGCCUCGAUUCAAUCACGAUCAUUCCAUUCGUCAAGCUCAUCAACAAGUUGGAGAACAUCUGGCUCGCCCCUGACGCAGUCAUCAAAGCUCGAACGAUCCAAGGCACUGCAAAGCUUGUCCAGGAGAUAAAGACCAGGAACAGUACCAAUGCCAAAGGCAACGCAAGAAAGCAUUCCAGGGCCAGAGACGACAAAGCCGAUAAUGACAUGAACGAUGAGGACGUGUACGACAAGACCCUGCAGAGACUAGCCAAGGACCUCAUGUUCGCUGCGACACCACUUCAGGAAAGCAUGCUCAGUGCGUCGCUAGCCAUUGCAGACAAGGCUUACACAUACGUCCACACCACCCGGCUCUCUCAAGACGCCCUCGCAGCGGACACUCCCAACCUCGACAAGUUUUUUGCCGCUGUCAGGGAUACAGUCCAGGCAUGUGAGAUAUUGAGGACGCGCUUUAUUUUCACCCAGGAUGACGAGGCACCAUGGGUUGGUGUUGUGUCCCCUACUGAACAAAGCGAUCUUGUCAAUUGGGAAGUGGUGAAGUCGGAUUCUCCUGGCAGGGUACGGCUGAGGAUUCACCAUGCUUUGUACGACGCGACGUCGAUUCAGGAGGUGUGGCGCAUCCUGGGCGAGAACUACUCCAAGCGUCUCCGAGACCAUGACAACAUCGGGAGCCGAGAGGUUGUCCAACAUCAUCUGUUCAGGCCCUUUGCAAGAACAGUAGCCUUGGCACAGAGGGCUUCGGUGGCAUUCUGGACCGCCUUGGUCCAGGAGUACAGCUAUACGCCACUCGAACUCCCGGGUAACUCUCUUCAGGCAUCACCUGCCUUCCAUUUCGUCUUGAGCGAACAAGAGUUGUCGCUUCUCCAAGCAAGAUGCAGGUCACUCAGCGUGACGACCAAGGCGGCACUUCAGCUAGCCUGGGUGAAAGUACUCUGCGAGUCUGUCUACGGGCAAGGGGAUGUCGUCUACGGCGAGGUCAUCUCGACUAAUAGCGGGUCUAGCGCUGGCGCUGGUGUUACCGGUGACGCUGUCGUUGGUCCUACAAUCAACACAGUGCCCAUGCGGGUCAAAUUGGCGGACCAAGGGAUCGCCAUCAGCGCUGCAGAGGCCCUAGGCCGGGUGCAGGAACUCAGCGACGAGGCGAGGGGCGCGGUCGCAAUGGGGUCCCUGAGAAAGAUCCAGGCGUUGUGGAGAUCGUCAAGUCGGGACGGAGAAAACAUGCCUCCCACUCUGUUCCAAAGUUUGUUCGUGUUUGAUGGUGUUAUUGCCUCCGCAAGCGCCGAAGAUGACGGCUCGACACCAUCGUUAUUCAGGACUACUCGGACUGACACCCAGAGCCGGGAGGAAGAGUCCGACGGUGGGCCAGCGUAUGACGAUACCCCCGUGAUCGUCAGCUUCCAGAUCAAGAACAACGCCCUUCACGGAAAACUGAGAGCUAAGAUGUCCGAAAAGGAGGUGGAAACUCUGGGGAGUCGACUGGAAGCAGCCCUGAGAUGGGUCCUCGCAUGCGAAGUAUCAGAUCCGGCACUCAGCAUCAGCCAGAUGAACAUGGUAGGAAAGAGGCACCUGGCUGUGAAGAGAGCCGCAGGGGAGAGGGUUCACCAUUCUGAGAGAGACGGCCCAAAUCCAAUAGCCGAUGCUGUUUUGGAACUGGCCAAGACAGUGCUUGGCACAAGGCAGAGAGGCAGGGACAUCGGCUACAACACGAGGCUGGUCAACGUGGGCCUCGACUCAAUCCUAGCCAUUCGUUUGUCAAUGCUCUUGCGGAAGCAGAUGGGCAUCGCUGUGAGCGUCUUUGAGAUCACCAGAGGCGCCAGCAUUCAUGACAUCGUCAAGAAUGCCACCUCGACUCGGGGAAUCGCGGUACAGGAACCGAGACACAAGUUGUUAGCCGAGGGUGAAGAGGUGAAGGACUUGGUGGCCAAUAAGCUCGGGCUACCAAAGAGCGAAGUCAAGUCUAUCGUGCCGGUCUUACCGGGCCAGCGGGCGCACUUGGAGCAAUGGCUGCACAGCGGGAAGAGGUUUUUCGAACCUCCAUGGGUGUACCGAGUGGUUGACGGCUCCCUCGACACGCAAAAGGUGGCGAACGCCUGGGCUGAGCUCUGCCGAGUUCAUGGAGCUCUCCGGACCACGUUCGUAUGGGCAGGCAAAGCAACAGGAGUGGUCCAAGUUACCUUGGGCGAGCAAUGGGCAGGAAAAGGCCGAUUCUCGGCUCUCCAAGACCAGUCGAAGCCCAUCCAAACAUUGAUUGACGAGCACGUUGAAGAGGGAAAUACAAGGUCAUCUGACUUGAGGAUCCCGCCGGCUAGCUUUUCGUUCCUGGAUGCUUUGGACGGGCAGGCAGUUGUGCUCCGAGUCCAUCACGCGCUGUACGACGCAUGGAGUAUCAAGAUGGUUGUGAAGGAUCUCAAUGAGCUUCUGGCCUUUGGCAAGGUCCAGGAACCUCGUGCGCUCCUGGAAGACGUGGUCCAACAGAUCAGAGAUUUCAGGCAGCCCGAUGCCGAGGACCUGUAUUGGAAACAUCAUCUGUCACACGCCCAAGAUACAGUCUUGCGUGAGAGUGAUGGAUCGGCAUCCACACAUGACAAGUCUCCGCUAGGCUCGCGCUUCAAAGCCAGCUAUUCUACCGCCGUCCCAGAGAGCACCCUCGGCGCGCUUUGGCAGACCAAGAGCAGUGCACGUAUCUCUGCCGCCAUCGUGCUUGCCUACGCAAAAACGCUGGGACAUUUCACGGGGCGCUCUCGACCCACAUUCGGCCUAAACCAUGCUUCGCGGUCGCUUUCCUCGGUCGACGGGGCGCAGACACUCGACUUGACUGCGGCGAGCGUGCCGACUCUGACCGUGACACCGUUUUGCAUAGAUUUGGAUAGCAGUACCCAACGCUCCGGGUCUUCGUCCACUUCAGCGGAGGAGCGUCUACUGGACUUUGUGCAAGACCAUUUAGCACAGCUCGGCAAAUUCGCGCAGUCAGACGGUCUGCAAAGGUUUUGCCCCAGGUUUAAUUCCUACCUCAACAUCCUCAACUCCGAAGACGAUACCCCAGCGGUCAAUGAUGAGGGUGUCAAAACCUCAACGAAAGUGGUACUCGGCAGGUAUAUGCUCGGGGAGCCUCUUUCUUCGGAUUACUUCACCGUCACCAGGCCGUCGUCAUCCACGGUCUCUACCAUUGAAGAGCUCGAGACGGGCCACUUGUGCCCACAUCAGCUAUUCUUCAAUGUCAUCGUUCGUCAGGGUCGAGAUGUUAGCGUGGCGGUGAGCGGUGAUGAUGCGCUUUGCGGCGGGGGGCUUGCGAUGGCUACAAAGCUGGUGUCAUUCUUCGGAUUUGAACUGGCCAAAAUCAUUGACAGCCCAUGUGCAGGCUAGGGAAUCCCAUCGCUUGGGUUACUUGGGGUGCAUAGACGCCAUGGGUGACAAACAGGGGGUCGUUUUCUUUUCUUUGGCAU